ACCACUGCCUACAGCAAAGCACCUUGAGCUUAGCCAAGCAGCCUCCAUCACUUUCCAUCCACAGCAACCCACGACCACAUAGCACAAGACUCACAACUGACACGCCGCAAUCACUGAGGAUACAGCUCAGGCUCAUACAUUAGUUUACUUUUCUGCCUUUUUUCUGCUGCGAGUCUAUUCAGUAGACUCUACCAGGCGCCUAGGCCUACAACAUCAACAUGGCUCAAGACAGCGAGGUGCCCAAGGCGGCCGACAAGGGCAAGGGCAAGGCCGUCGACGAUGCGAAGAAGGACAAGCAGCAGACAAACGGAAAGAAAGAGGACGAGAAAAUUGAGACUGCUGAGGAGGAGCUCAACGAGGAGGAUCAACAACUGAAGAACGAGCUUGAAUUGCUGGUCGAGCGCUUGACCGAGCCAAACACGGAACUUUACAAGCCCGCCCUUGAAGCAAUGAAGAACUUGAUAAAGACGUCGACGUCAUCCAUGACAGCAGUUCCAAAGCCCCUCAAAUUCCUACGACCGCAUUACGAGUCCUUGACGAAACUUUUUGAGCAGUGGCCCGAGGGCGAAGACAGGACCUCGCUGGCGGAUGUUCUCUCCGUCAUCGGUAUGACGUUUUCAGAUGAAGACCGACAAGACACACUGUUUUACAGACUUCAAGCACCUUCAUCUGACAUCAGCUCGUGGGGCCACGAGUAUACCAGACAUCUCGCGCUUGAGAUUGGAGAAGUGUAUGGAAAGCGAAUCGCAAAUGACGAGUCCACCAAGGACCUGAUCGACUUGGCGCUUGUUUUGAUCCCCCUCUUCCUCAAGAGCAAUGCCGAGGCCGAUGCUGUGGAUCUUAUGAGCGAACUCGAAAUCAUUGAGGAAAUGCCCAAGUUCGUGGACGAAAACACAUACGCUCGUGUAUGCUUGUACAUGUCUUCGAUGGUGAACCUCCUCACCUACCCCGACAACGAGACUUUUCUCAAGACCGCACACGACAUUUACAUGGAAUACAAGCAGUUUGCACAGGCCAUGGUCCUUGCAAUUCGUCUACACGAUUACGAACUCAUUAAGUCCGAUUUCGAAAAGGCUGAAGACCCUGCCCUUCAGAAGCAGCUCGCGUUUCUAACUGCUCGGCAAAGGAUAGCUCUCAAUGCCGAUGACCAGUCAGAAGAGAACACUGCCCUUGUAGAGUCCCUCGGCAACCUGAAGCUAUCGGAACAUUUCAAGUCCCUGGGCAAGGAGCUCAACAUCCUGGAGCCAAAGACUACCGAGGAUAUCUACAAGAGCCACCUGGAGAGCAGUCGAGUUGCAGGAAUGACUAACUUGGACUCUGCUCGGCAUAACCUUGCAGCGGCGUUCGUCAAUGCUUUUGUGAAUGCUGGUUUCGGCAACGAUAAAAUGAUGCUUGUCGACGGUGAGAAGGAGACCUGGGUCUGGAAGACCAAAGCCGAUGGCAUGAUGUCUACCGUUGCCUCCAUGGGCACUCUUUUGAUGUGGGAUAUCGAGAAUGGGCUUGACAAGAUCGAUAAGUACACGUACUCUUCAGAGACAGAGAUUUCGGCUGGCGCAAUGCUUGCUAUUGGAAUCAUGAAUUCGGGUGUAGUAAUGGACUCAGAUCCAGCUAUUGCCCUGUUGGCUGAUCAGGACAAGCUUGAACAUCCUAACCCCCUCGUCAGGACUGCCUGCAUCAUGGGUCUUGGACUUGCUUAUGCCGGGUCUAACAAGGAAGACGUUCUCGAGCACUUGCUACCCAUGAUAUCUGAUGCUAGUGUUGAUAUGCAGAUUUCGGCAAUGGCUGCUUUAUCCUGCGGUCUUAUCUUCACUGGCUCUUCUCACCCGGAAAUUAGUGAGGCCAUUAUUACUACUCUAAUGGAUGACGAUCGCAAAAACCAACUGACUGACAAGUGGACACGAUUCUUGGCUCUUGGUCUUGGUCUCCUGUUCUUUGGACGACAAGAAGAGGUCGAUGUUAUCCUCGAAACCCUGAAGGCCAUCGAGCAUCCUAUGGCCAAGUCGACGGCCGUCAUGGCUGAGAUUUGCGCCUGGGCCGGUACUGGUGCUGUCCUCAAGAUCCAGGAGCUUCUCCAUAUCUGCAAUGAGCAUCAAGAGGAGUCUGAAGAGAAGAGGGGCGACGAACUUCUACAGGCAUACGCGGUAAUUGGUAUUGCACUGGUGGCUAUGGGUGAAGAUAUUGGACAAGAAAUGGUCCUGCGUCAGUUCGGCCAUCUCAUGCACUACGGCGAGGCCAACAUUCGAAAAGCUGUGCCCCUUGCCAUGGGUCUCAUUAGCCCCAGCAACCCUCAAAUGAAGGUGUAUGAUACCCUCUCAAGAUACAGUCACGACAAUGAUCCUGAGGUUGCUAUCAACGCCAUCUUUGCCAUGGGUCUUCUGGGUGCAGGCACCAACAAUGCCCGAUUAGCUCAGCUGCUUCGACAACUCGCCAGUUAUUACCACCGUGACCAGGAUGCUCUUUUUAUGGUGCGAAUCGCCCAGGGUCUCCUCCACAUGGGUAAGGGUACUCUAUCAAUCAGUCCCUUCCAUACCGAUCGUCAGGUUCUGUCCCGUGUGGCGGCCGCUGGUCUGCUUGCUACUCUUGUCGCUAUGAUUGAGCCCAAAGAGUUUAUCACUGGCCAGUCACAUUACCUCCUCUACUUCCUUGUCACGGCCAUGCACCCCCGCUUCCUUGUUACCUUGGACGAAGACCUCAAGCCUCUCAAGGUCAAUGUCCGUGUGGGUCAAGCCGUCGAUGUCGUUGGCCAAGCUGGUCGUCCCAAGACAAUCACUGGCUGGCAAACUCAGAGCACACCUGUAGUGCUCGGAUAUGGUGAGCGAGCAGAGCUGGAAGAUGAGGAGUACAUCAGCCUCAACAGCACUCUAGAAGGCUUAGUAAUUUUGCGGAAGAACCCUGAUUGGGAAGCUGAGAAAUAGACGGUUUGAACUUAUUAUGAGCAUGGUUCUGGUUUGUAAAACCAGGCAAGUUACAAACGUCAGAUUUAAUUACACUGUAUUCUAUGAUAAUCUGCCGUAAGCGCAGUAAAGAAGCGGGUAGGAAUAGGCAUUAUGAUAGACGGAAAAACCAAGUCCCGAGUUCUAUCUUGGUUCAAAAGCAACGUGCCAUGUCAAUUGACGCUGAGCCAAAACUGCCUAUACUGUCAAAGCUGAUACCCUCUGAAUCAAUGUAAAUAACCCAUGCCUUUGUAAUAAUGCCAACCGUAUCUGUCCAUGCUGUCUAUCAUUAUGGCCCUCAUGGUGAGGAUAAGAAUCUAUAUGCAGUGUUUUUCGAAGAAGAAAAAAACCCUUUUCCAACGUCGUCGACUUCCUACCAUGCUUUGGGCCCGAAGCGUUCACCUUCUGGGAGGGUAUUAUAUGAGCAUGCUUGCCAGUCACAACCCUGCUUGUACACUUCAGUGCCCCACCACUUGAGGUUCUUUGCAAGCCCAGGGUAGAUGAAGCCGAAAAAGACAACUACUAUACCAAAGGCAAGCCCAGAAUCGAGGGCGGCGCUCAAGGUCAUGGUGUACUUGCUCCACCAGGCAUUGUGGCGGUUCUUGAUAAGAUAGUUGAAGACGUAGCAUACGAGUACCCAGACGGAGAAGUUGAGGCCUGUUGCAGGAGGUAUCCAGGACAUAGCGCCAAAGAUAACAGGGAGGUUGACCUUGCGGAGAAUACUGGAGCGGUUAUGUCGACAGUAAAGCCACAGGGGAAUGGGGAGGAGAGCGCCAAGGGGGAAGAACCAGACCAGGGAACGAUAUAUGGCCUUCGGACCGAAAAAUUCGUUAGGUCCAACGACACCCCACAGAAUGGAGCCGUUGAAGUGCACUCUUGCAAUGGGGCAGGUGAAUCCAUUGAGAGCCUCUGAAGUGCAAAUGCCUUUGAUGUUUGCGAACAUCCAGUUGAGCACACCAAUCUGAGUCAGCGACGAGACAAGUGUCGCGACGAUCUGAACAAGAAAGAGGAUGCGAGGAGGAAUCUUCAUGUAGUGGCCGAGUUUAAGGUCGGAAGCGAAUUUGAUACCUUGCGCUGAUGAGAUGUAGCCGUAUGUAACGAAAACCAUGUUUGCGAUGGGGCGACCUGGGAACACAACACCGCAGAUGAGUUGACAGAUGAGAUAGAUGCUGCUGUGUUGGUUUGUGACGGCCAUGAUGAUGCCAUUGGGGAUGAAAAACAGUGCUCCAAUGCCAAGCGCGAGAAGGAGGCCGUACCAGGGCAAAUGGACGGGAUAGCUAGAACAGUCAGCAAUGGAAGGCAAUUGAAUAAACUUGGGCGGAGACUUACUAUUCAAC